AUGGCCGAAGGUGCAGAUGGAGAAGAAGAGAUCCAGUUCCUGCGAACGGAUGACCAUGUGGUGCUCCAGUGCACUGCGUCCAUCCUCAAAGAGCAGAUCAAACUGUGUUUGUCCUGUGAAGGCUUUGGAAACCGACUGUGCUUUCUUGAGACCACCUCCAAUGCACAGAAUGUACCUCCAGAUUUGGCUAUUUGCACUUUCAUUUUGGAGCAGUCCCUCUCAGUGCGUGCAUUACAGGAGAUGCUGUCCAACACCUGUGUGGAUGAAUCUUCACAAGGUGGAGGACACCGGACACUGCUGUAUGGACAUGCUAUCCUUCUCAAACACACUCAUUCUAGCAUGUACCUGAGUUGUUUGACCACCUCACGAUCACUGACAGACAAGCUAGCUUUUGACGUGGGUUUACAGGAGGACUCCACUGGGGAGGCCUGUUGGUGGACCAUUCAUCCUGCAUCAAAACAGAGAUCUGAGGGUGAGAAGGUCCGGGUGGGAGAUGACCUCAUUCUUGUCAGCGUUUCCUCAGAAAGAUAUUUGCAUCUUUCAUAUGCAAGUGGUGACCUGAUGGUGGAUGCGUCUUUUAUGCAAACUCUAUGGACUAUGACCCCUGUGAUGUCUGGAUGUGAGCUCGCUGAAGGAUUUUUGACUGGAGGAUACGUGCUCAGACUAUUUCAUGGCCACAUGGAUGAGUGUCUGGCCAUCCCUGGAGCAGACCAAGGGGAUGAUCAAAGAAGAGUUGCUCACUAUGAAGGUGGGGCUGUUUGCAGUCAUGCCCGUUCAUUGUGGAGACUAGAGCCCCUGCGUAUAGCGUGGAGUGGCAGUCACAUUAAAUGGGGCACGUCUUUCCGCGUUCGACACAUCACCACUGGCCGAUACCUCUGUCUGGACGAAGAGAAGGGGCUAUUAUUGGUCGACCCUGAGAAAGCAAAUUCCAAGAUGUCUGCUUUCUGCUUCAGAAUAUCAAAGGAAAAAAUUGAAGUGACCCAAAAGCGAGACGUGGAAGGAAUGGGCAUACCUGAAAUCAAGUAUGGCGAGUCUUUGUGCUUUGUGCAGCAUGUCUCUUCUGGACUUUGGCUCACGUAUGCCGCUGUGGAUGCUAAAUCUGCUCGACUGGGGCCUUUGAAGAGAAAGGCUAUUCUUCACAAAGAGGGCCACAUGGAUGAUGCACUAACAGUAGCUCGGUCUCAAACAGAGGAGUCACAAGCAGCCCGAAUGAUUUACAGCACAACAGGGCUCUUCAGCCAGUUCAUCAAAGGCCUGGAUGCUCUUAGUGGGAAAAACAAGUCAGCUAAUCCAUCGUCACUGCCCAUGGACACUGUGGUGCUCUCCCUACAAGAUCUCAUCUUCUAUUUCCGACCACCUGAGGAGGAGCUGGAGCAUGAAGAGAAACAAUUUAAGCUUCGUUCACUUAAAAACAGGCAAAAUCUCUUCCAAGAGGAGGGAAUGAUCACACUUGUGCUUGACUGUGUUGAUCGACUAAAUGUCUACAACACUGCAGCUCACUUCUCCGAGUACGCUGGGGAAGAAGCUGCUGAAUCUUGGAAAGAAAUUGUUAAUUUGUUGUACGAAUUAUUAGCAUCUCUCAUCAGAGGUAACCGUGCCAAUUGUGCCCUCUUCUGUGAUAACCUGGACUGGCUGGUCAGUAAACUGGACAGGCUUGAAGCAUCAUCAGGAAUUCUAGAAGUAUUAUACUGUGUCCUCAUUGAGAGUCCAGAGGUGCUGAAUAUUAUCCAAGAAAACCACAUAAAAUCCAUCAUCUCCCUUUUGGAUAAACAUGGACGCAAUCAUAAGGUUUUGGAUGUGCUCUGUUCACUGUGUGUGUGCAAUGGUGUUGCUGUGAGAUCAAACCAGAAUCUCAUCACAGAGAAUUUACUUCCUGGACGAGACCUGCUUCUACAAACCAACAUUAUCAACUAUGUAACGAGUAUGAGACCCAAUAUUUUCCUUGGGACUUGUGAAGGUUCAACUCAGUAUAAGAAGUGGUAUUUCGAGGUUAUGGUGGACCAUGUGGAGCCGUUCCUCACAGCUCAGCCCUAUCACCUACGCGUGGGCUGGGCUCUGACCGAAGGCUACAGUCCAUACCCCGGAGGAGGGGAGGGUUGGGGGGCCAAUGGGGUCGGAGAUGAUCUCUACUCCUACGCCUUUGAUGGACUUCAUCUAUGGUCUGGCCGUGUUGCCCGUCAUGUGGCCACGCCCAAUCAGCAUGUUCUCACUGCAGAGGACGUGGUCAGUUGCUGUCUUGAUUUGAGUGUUCCCAGCAUCUCCUUUCGAAUCAAUGGACAUCCAGUUCAGGGCAUGUUUGAAAAUUUCAACCUGGAUGGCCUGUUUUUCCCAGUUGUCAGUUUUUCAGCUGGAGUCAAGUUUCGAUUCCUCCUUGGAGGUCGUCAUGGAGAUUUCAAGUUCCUUCCUCCUCCGGGGUAUGCUCCAUGCUACGAGGCAGUACUGCCAAGGGAUCGUUUGAGGAUUGAGCCCAUCAAAGAGUAUAAACAUGAUUUUGAUGGCGUCCGCAACCUGCUGGGUCCCACAGUGUCUCUGUCACAUACAGCCUUUACACCGUGCCCUGUGGACACUAUUCAGAUUGUUCUUCCUCCUCAUUUGGAGCGCAUUCGAGAAAAGCUAGCAGAAAAUAGUCAUGAGUUAUGGGCUGUAACUCGAAUUGAGCAAGGAUGGACCUAUGGAUCAUUCCGUGAUGACAAUAAGAAGAUGCACCCCUGCCUUGUGGACUUCCAAAGCCUGCCUGAACCAGAGAAAAACUACAACUUAGCCAUGUCCGGGGAGACUCUGAAGACUCUUCUGGCUUUAGGCUGCCACGUAGGAAUGGGAGAUGAAAAGGCUGAAGAGAAUUUGAAAAGACUGAAGCUCCCUAAAACAUACACACAGUGUAAUGGAUAUAAGCCUGCCCCACUGGAUCUGAAUCAUGUGAAGCUGACUCCCAACCAGAACACACUGGUGGAGAGACUGGCAGAAAACGGGCACAACGUUUGGGCCAGAGAUCGUGUUCGCCAGGGCUGGACUUACAGUAUUGUGCAGGAUAUUAUGAAUAAGCGCAAUCCACGCUUGGUCCCAUACAAUUUGUUAGAUGAAAAAACAAAAAAGACAAACCGAGACACCGUUUGUGCAGCUGUCCGCACACUGAUUGGUUAUGGAUACAACAUUGAACCCCCUGACCAAGAAAGCGGACAUGGACCAGGAACAACUCGUGGAGAUAAGAUCAGAGUGUUCAGAGCAGAGAAGUCCUAUGCUGUCACACAGGGAAAGUGGUAUUUUGAGUUUGAGGCAAUGACUGUUGGGGAGAUGCGAGUCGGCUGGGCUAGACCUUGUGUUCGUGCAGACACUGAACUUGGUGCAGAUGAGUUGGCGUAUGUUUUCAAUGGUUUCAAGGCUCAACGGUGGCAUGUGGGGAAUGAGCCUUUUGGUCGUCAGUGGCAGUCAGGUGAUGUAGUUGGCUGCAUGAUAGACCUCACAGAAAUGAACAUCAUGUUUACCCUCAAUGGUGAGAUGCUGAUCAGUGAUUCAGGCUCAGAAAUGGCCUUCAAGGACAUAGAUAUUGGAGAAGGCUUUAUACCAGUGUGCAGUUUGGGCAUGUCCCAGGUUGGCAGAAUAAACCUUGGUCAGAACGUCAGCAGUCUCAAGUACUUCACCAUUUGUGGCCUGCAGGAAGGAUUUGAACCUUUUGCUAUAAAUAUGAAAAGAGACAUUACUAUGUGGUUUAGCAAGAGCCUUCCCCAGUACAUAUCUGUACCAACUGACCAUCCUCAUAUUGAAGUGUCUAGAGUGGAUGGAACAGUGGACACAGCCCCUUGUCUCAAAGUGACCCACAAGACAUAUGGAUCUCAAAAUGCCAAUACAGACCUGUUGUUCUUCAGACUGAGCAUGCCCAUUGAAUUUCAUGAGACAUUCAAAGUCCCAGCUGGUACUACACUCCUCACUCGAGCCUUGACCAUCCCAGAAGACGAAGUAGUAGAGGUGGACCCAGAUUCAGAUUUUGAAAUACUCAAGAAGUCAGCCUCACGCAAAGAGCAAGAGGAAGACAAAAAAGAGGCAUCAGUACCCAAGGAACCCCCUGCUAUCAAAAAUGGUGAAAAUGAGAAGGAUGCUUCCACUGAGAAAAGCAAGAAAAAAGGAUUCCUCUUCAAAGCAAAGAAAGCUGCACUGAUUACUCCUCCUCCUGUUGUUCCCACCAUGCCUCGACUUGUGGAAGAUGUGGUGCCAGAUGACCGUGACGACGUUGACAUCAUCCUCAACACCACCACUUAUUACUAUUCAGUGCGAGUGUUUGCGGGCCAGGAACUCAGUGGCGUUUGGGUUGGCUGGAUCACACCUGACUAUCACCAGUAUGACUCCCAUUUUGAUCUGAACAAAGUCAGAAAUGUGACGGUCACUGUAGGAGACGAUAAAGGAAACAUACAUGACAGCAUCAAACGGAGUAACUGCUACAUGGUGUGUGGAGGGGAGUUUAGCAGCUCCCAGCAGGCCCGAGUCAGUCAAGAGGACUUCAUCAUUGGCUGUCUGGUCGAUUUGGACACUGGACUCAUGACUUUCACUGCCAAUGGAAAAGAGAUCAACACAUUUUAUCAGGUGGAGCCAAACACAAAACUGUUCCCUGCCUGCUUUGUUCUUCCUUCAAGUCAAAACAUGAUUCAGUUCGAUCUAGGAAAGCUCAAGAACAUCAUGCCAAUCUCAGCUGCCAUGUUUCGGAGUGAACGUAAGAAUCCGGUCCCCCAGUGCCCGCCCCGGUUGGACAUCCAGAUGCUGACCCCUGUUAUUUGGAGCCGCAUGCCCAAUCACUUCCUGGCCCCUGAGACAAAGAGGGCCAGUGAGAGAAUGGGCUGGAUGGUGCAGUGUCAAGAGCCCCUUACAAUGAUGGCGCUUCAUAUCCCAGAAGAAAACAGGUGCAUUGACAUCCUGGAGUUAUCUGAGCGCAUGGAUUUGCUCAAGUUCCAUUACCACACCCUGAAGCUCUAUGGAUCGGUGUGUGCUUUGGGGAACAACCGUGUGGCCCAUGCCCUCUGCAGCCACGUGGAUGAAUCUCAGCUCUUUUACGCCAUUGAAAACACCUACCUCCCAGGACCAAUAAGAAGUGGCUUUUAUGACUUACUAAUCAGCAUGCACCUAGAGUCAGCCAAAAGGAACAGAUUGGGAACGAACAAAGAAUUUAUAGUUCCUAUGACGGAUGAAACACGCAGUAUCAUCUUGUAUCUGGACAAGGCAAAUACUCUUCCUGGAGUGGGGCUUACUACAUGCCUGCGUCCCAAACUGCAUUUCUCCUCUGUUAGUUUUGUGGGGACAAAUCAGGACAUUUACACCCUGAGCCCUGUGAUACCUUUAGAGACACUGAAAAAUAAGGCUUUGAACAUGCUGACGGAGGCUGUGCAAGAUGGAGGUCAAGCCAUGAGAGAUCCUGUAGGGGGCAGCGUGGAGUUUCAUUUUGUGCCUAUUUUGAAGCUCAUCAGCACCCUACUGAUCAUGGGUGUUUUUGAUGAUGAAGAUGUUACACAUAUUUUGAAGAUGCUCGAACCUGUGGUCUUUAGUAAGGAAGAAUAUGAAGAUGAUGGAUUGGGUGAGGAAGAGGAGGGGGAGUAUGAGGAGGAGGAGGAAGAGGAGGAGGACAUAGAAGAACCAGAGCCUGGGGCAGAAGAAUCAGAGAAAGAGACAAAACCUGGAGAGAGUGAAACUAAACUAGAGCAUCUUGAACAAGGACUUUUUCAGAUGAAGCUCCCAGAGUCUGUCAAACUACAGAUGUGUACCCUCCUGCAGUAUUUCUGUGACUGUGAGCUGCGUCACAGAGUGGAGGCCAUCAUUGCCUUCUCUGACCAGUUUGUGAGUCAGAUCCAGUCCAACCAGAGGCAGCGCUACAAUGACCUCAUGCAAGCAUUUACUAUGAGCGCUGCCGAGACCGCCCGCAAGACCCGGGAAUUUCGGUCACCACCACAAGAGCAGGUUAACAUGCUGAUGAAUUUUAAAAACUGUUCUGAAGAUGAGGACUGCCCUGUCCCAGAUGAAGUUCGAGAGGCGAUGAGCAAUUUCCACCGUGCUGUUCUUGCUCAUUGUGGUGUACACAUUGAGGAGGAAGAAGAGGAGGAAGCAGUGGACACAUCACUCAGAGGUCGACUGUUUCGUCUGGUGGAAAGGGUGAAAAAACUUCGCGAAAAGAAAGAGGAGAAAGACCCUGAGCCACAAGAGGACAAAAAGCCAAGCACACUACAGGAACUGAUUUCACACACUAUGAUCCAUUGGGCCCAAGAGUCAUUUAUCCAGAAUCCAGAACUUGUGCGAAUGAUGUUCAGUCUCCUCCACAGACAGUAUGAUGGACUGGGGGAGCUGAUGCGUGCCCUGCCCAAAGCCUACACCAUCAAUGCAGUGUCAAUCCAGGACACCAUGGACCUCCUGGAGUGUUUGGGUCAGAUACGAUCUUUGCUUAUUGUCCAGAUGGGUCCAGAAGAGGAGAGGCUAAUGAUUCAAAGCAUUGGGAACAUCAUGAGUAACAAAGUCUUCUAUCAACAUCCAAACCUGAUGCGAGCUUUGGGCAUGCAUGAAACUGUGAUGGAGGUCAUGGUGAAUGUGCUUGGUGGCGGAGACUCAAAGGAGAUCAGAUUUCCUCGAGUGGUGACAAAUUGUUGUCGCUUUCUUUGUUAUUUUUGUCGCAUCAGUCGUCAAAACCAGAGAUCCAUGUUUGAUCACCUUAGCUAUCUUUUACAAAACAGUGGCAUUGGUCUGGGAAUGAGAGGAUCAACUCCCUUGGACGUUGCUGCUGCUUCUUGCAUUGAUAAUAAUGAGCUAGCUUUGGCGUUGCAAGAACAAGAUUUAGAAAUGGUGGUAAAGUAUCUGGCUGGAUGUGGACUUCAGAGCUGCCCAAUGCUACUGGCUAAAGGUUACCCAGAUAUUGGCUGGAAUCCUUGUGGUGGAGAGAAAUACCUGGACUUUCUCCGCUUUGCUGUCUUUGUCAAUGGGGAAAGCGUAGAGGAAAAUGCAAAUGUUGUUGUGCGUCUGCUAAUUCGAAGACCUGAAUGCUUUGGUCCUGCCCUAAGAGGUGAAGGUGGUAACGGUUUAUUGGCUGCAAUUGAAGAAGCAAUAAAAAUAUCAGAGGAUCCUGCUAGAGAUGGGCCAUCUGUUAAGAAAGAUAGGCGCUUUCCAAUGUUUGGUGGAGAGGAGCAGCAUGAGGAGAAUAGAGUACACCUUGGGAAUGCCAUCAUGUCUUUCUACUCUGCCCUCAUUGACUUGCUGGGGCGCUGUGCUCCCGAGAUGCAUUUAAUUCAGGCUGGAAAAGGUGAGGCUCUCCGAAUCAGAGCCAUCCUCAGGUCUUUGGUGCCCAUUGAAGAUCUUGUUGGGGUCAUCAGCCUGCCUGUUCAGAUUCCUACUUUUGGAAAAGAUAAUAGUAUAAUUGAGCCGAAGAUGUCAGCCAGUUUUGUCCCAGACCACAAGGCUCCAAUGGUGCUCUUCUUGGACAGAGUGUAUGGCAUUGACAAUCAGGAUUUUCUGCUCCAUGUUCUUGAAGUGGGCUUUUUACCUGACAUGAGAGCGGCAGCCUCCCUAGACACGGCUGCCUUUAGCACAACAGAGAUGGCCUUGGCGUUAAACCGGUACCUUUGUUCUGCAGUAUUGCCCCUCAUCACCAAAUGUGCCCCCCUCUUUGCUGGCAGUGACCACAGAGCCAUCAUGAUCGACUCCAUGUUGCAUACAAUUUACCGCCUGUCCCGCGGCCGAGCUUUCACAAAGGCCCAAAGAGACAUCAUCGAAGAGUGUCUCAUGGCAUUGUGCAAGCAUCUUCGUCCUUCAAUGCUACAACAUCUUCUCAGGCGACUUGUUUUUGAUGUACCUAUACUGAAUGAAUAUGCAAAAAUGCCACUUAAGCUCUUGACCAAUCACUAUGAGCGCUGUUGGAAAUACUACUGCCUCCCUAAUGGCUGGGCAAACUUUGGAGUGGCUUCAGAGGAGGAGCUUCAUUUGACCCGCAAACUCUUCUGGGGCAUUUUUGAGUCCUUGGAGCAUAAGAAAUUUGACGCUGAGAUUUUCAAGAUUUCAAUGCCGUGCAUAUGCGCUAUAGCAGGAGCCAUUCCUCCAGACUACGUUGAUGCGAGCUACUCCUCUAAAACAGAGAAAAAAGCCUCAGUUGAUGCAGAGGGAAACUUUGAUCCAAAACCUGUGGAGACCACAAACACUAUUAUCCCAGAGCGUCUGGAUGGCUUUAUCAACAAGUAUGCUGAGUAUACACAUGACAAAUGGGCCUUCGAAAAGAUUCAGAAUAACUGGUCAUAUGGAGAGGUGUUGGAUGAAAAUGCAAAGACUCACCCCAUGCUUAGACCAUACAAAACAUUCUCAGAAAAGGACAAAGAGAUCUACCGCUGGCCAAUUAAGGAGUCCAUAAAAGCCAUGCUUGCAUGGGAGUGGACCAUUGACAAAGCCAGGGAGGAAGAAGAGUCAGAGAAAAAGAAGGCAGCAUCUCGAAAGAUCUCCCAGACUGCACAGGCAACCUAUGACCCAAGCCACGGUUAUAGCCCACAGCCCAUUGAUAUCACACAUAUGGCUCUCUCAAGAGAUCUUCAGUCUAUGGCAGAGCAGCUGGCAGAAAACUAUCAUAACACUUGGGGUCGGAAAAAGAAACUGGAACUACAGUCCAAGGGAGGUGGUACUCAUCCUCUGCUAGUGCCCUAUGACACUUUAACUGCAAAGGAAAAAGCUCGAGACAGAGAAAAGGCCUACGAGCUGCUCAAGUUUCUGCAGCUCAAUGGAUAUGCUGUCACAAGGGGGCUGAAAGACAUGGAGUCUGACAUUUCCUCUAUUGAGAAGAGAUUUGCUUAUGGGUUCCUACAAAAGCUCCUAAAAUGGAUGGAGAUAGCGCAAGAAUUCAUUGCUCACCUUGAGGCCGUUGUGAGUAGUGGACGUGUGGAGAAGUCUCCUCAUGAACAAGAAAUAAAGUUCUUUGCCAAGAUCUUGAUGCCUUUGAUCAACCAAUAUUUCAAAAACCACUGCCUGUACUUCCUGUCUACACCUGCAAAAGUGCUCGGCAGUGGUGGACACUCAUCAAACAAGGAAAAGGAAAUGAUUGCAAGUAUUUUCUGUAAGAUGGCUGCUCUUGUGAGACACAGAGUGUCUCUCUUUGGCACUGAUGCCUCUGCUAUUGUCAACUGUCUUCACAUUCUGGCACGGUCCCUGGAUGCAAGGACUGUAAUGAAGUCAGGGCCAGAGAUUGUAAAGGCAGGAUUGCGGUCAUUCUUUGAGAGUGCAGCUGACGACAUUGAAAAAAUGGUAGAGAAUUUAAAACUCGGCAAAGUAUCCAAAGGCAACCAGCAAGUGAAAGGUGUGUCUCAGAAUAUCAACUACACCACCAUUGCCCUACUGCCAGUCCUUACGUCUUUGUUCGAUCACAUUGCUCAGCAUGGAUUUGGGGAUGAUGUUAUCUUGGAUGAUCUGCAGAUGUCAUGUUACCGCAUUAUGUGCAGCAUUUACUCUUUGGGGACUGUGAAGAAUCCUCAUGUUGAGAGACAGCGGCCCGCUCUUGGCGAGUGCCUGGCUCAUCUCGCGGCAGCUAUGCCUGUGGCCUACUUAGAGCCACACCUCAAUGAAUUCAAUGCAUUCUCCGUCUACACGACGAAAACACCUAGAGAGAGAGCCAUUUUGGGAUUGCCUAAUGAAGUUCAAGAGUUAUGCCCGGACAUCCCAGAACUUGACAUCCUGUUGAAAGAGAUUGGGGACUUGGCAGAGUCAGGUGCACGAUACACUGAGAUGCCUCAUGUUAUUGAAAUCACAUUACCCAUGUUGUGUAAUUACUUGCCGCGCUGGUGGGAAAGGGGCCCCGAAAACCUCCCUGAGAUGGAGGGGCGAGUCUGCACUGACGUCACUUCAGAACACCUAAAUCAGCUGUUGGGAAGCAUCAUGAAAAUUGUAGUUAAUAAUUUGGGUAUUGAUGAAGCCUCAUGGAUGAAGAGACUGGCUGUGUUUUCACAGCCAAUUGUGAGCAGAGCAAAGCCAGAAAUGCUCAAAUCCCACUUUAUCCCAACAAUGGAAAAACUUAAGAAACGCACAUCGAAAGUAGUGGCUGAGGAAGACCAUUUGAGAAUGGAGGGCAAGUCAGAGGGAGACGAGGAAGAUGGCACCAUACGUGAUGAGUUUGCUGUCCUUUGUAGAGAUCUGUAUGCACUGUACCCUCUGCUUAUCCGAUAUGUGGACAACAACAGAGCAAGGUGGCUGACUUGUCCAGACCCAGAUGCAGAGGAACUUUUCCGAAUGGUCGGAGAAGUCUUCAUUUUCUGGUCUAAAUCUCAUAACUUUAAGAGAGAAGAACAGAACUUUGUGGUGAUGAAUGAGAUCAACAACAUGUCUUUUCUGACAGCUGACAGCAAGAGCAAAAUGAGCAAGGGGGGAGGCUCAGAUGCAGAACGAACCAAGAAGAAGAAGCGUGGAGAUCGCUACUCCGUACAGACCUCUCUCAUUGUGGCUGCUCUGAAAAAGAUGCUGCCCAUUGGACUUAACAUGUGCUCCCCCGCUGACCAGGAGCUUAUUAACCUGGCCAAGAUACGAUACUCACUGAGGGACACUGAUGAGGAAGUAAGAGAGUUUCUGCAGAACAAUCUCCAUCUUCAGGGAAAGGUGGACAAUCCCUCCAUGCGCUGGCAGAUGGCUCUGUACAAAGAGAUGGCAGGGAAGGCAGAGGACGCAGAUGCUCCAGUAAAAGUUGUGAAGAGGGUCCAGGAGGUUUCUGCUGUCCUCUACCAUCUUGAAGUGACAGAGCACCCAUUUAAGUCUAAGAAAAUGGUGUGGCACAAGCUACUGUCAAAGCAGAGACGUCGUGCUGUAGUUGCUUGCUUCAGGAUGACACCUUUGUACAACAUUCCAAGACAUAGAGCCUCAAAUAUGUUCCUUGAAGGUUACAAACGCAACUGGCUGUUUUCUGAAGGUUACGCGUUUGAAGACCGGAUGAUAGAUGACCUAUCCAAAGCUUUGGAGCAGGAAGAAGUAGAAGAAGAAGAGGAAAGAGAAACAAAGCCUGAUCCUCUCCAUCAACUUAUAUUGCAUUUUAGCCGCACAGCUUUAACAGAAAAGAGCAAACUUGACACAGAUUAUCUUUACAUGGCAUAUGCUGACAUUAUGGCAAAGAGUUGUCAUAUUGACGAAGAGGAAGAAGGGGGAGAUGAAACGGUGGAAAGUACAGAGGAUGAGAUGUCCUUUGAGGAAAAAGAGAUGGAAAAACAGAGGCUGCUGUAUCAGCAGUCAAGACUUCACAAUCGUGGAGCUGCAGAGAUGGUCCUUCAAAUGAUUAGUGCCUGCAAAGGUGAGACUGGCCCAAUGGUGUCCACAACUCUUAAGUUGGGUAUCUCUAUUCUGAAUGGAGGAAACAGUGAGGUUCAACGAAAAAUGUUGGAGUAUUUGAAGGACAAGAAGGAUGUGGGCUUCUUUUUGAGUGUUCAGUCCCUGAUGCAGACUUGUUGUGUAUUGGAUCUGAAUGCCUUUGAAAGACAGAAUAAGGCUGAGGGGCUGGGCAUGGUUUCAGAAGAAGGCACGAAUGAAAAAGUCAUGGCUGAUGAUGAAUUCACAUGUGACCUCUUUCGGUUUUUGCAGUUGCUUUGUGAAGGUCAUAAUAAUGGUGCAUUUUCAAAUUACUUGCGUACGCAGACGGGCAGUACGACCACCAUCAACAUUAUCAUCUGCACUGUUGAUUACCUUCUUCGACUUCAGGAAUCCAUCAGUGAUUUCUACUGGUAUUAUUCUGGCAAAGACGUCAUUGAUGAACCAGGUAAAAAGAACUUCUCCAAAGCCAUGACAGUGGCAAAACAGAUUUUCAACAGUCUCACAGAAUACAUACAGGGUCCAUGCACUGGCAACCAGCAGUCCCUAGCUCACAGCAGACUGUGGGAUGCAAUUGUUGGUUUCCUUCAUGUUUUUGCUCACAUGAUGAUGAAGCUCGCUCAGGAUUCCAGUCAGAUUGGUUUGCUCAAGGAACUUCUUGAUCUUCAAAAAGACAUGGUUGUCAUGUUGCUCUCACUAUUAGAAGGAAAUGUGGUGAAUGGUACAAUAGCCCGGCAAAUGGUGGACAUGUUGGUAGAGUCAUCUAGUAAUGUUGAGAUGAUCCUCAAGUUUUUCGACAUGUUCCUUAAACUCAAAGACAUUGUGGCUUCAGAUGCGUUCCGUGAUUAUGUGACUGAUCCGCGGGGGCUCAUAUCCAAAAAGGAUUUCCAGAAAGCCAUGGACAGUCAGAAACAAUACACUCCCUCUGAGAUCCAGUUCCUCUUGUCCUGCUCUGAGGCAGAUGAGAACGACAUGAUAAACUAUGAGGAGUUUGCUAGCCGCUUCCAGGAGCCUGCGAAGGACAUUGGCUUCAACAUAGCAGUGCUGUUGACUAACCUGUCUGAGCAUGUACCUCAUGAUACAAGACUACAGAACUUUCUGGAACAAGCUGAAAGCGUGCUCAACUAUUUCAGACCGUUCCUGGGCCGUAUUGAGAUAAUGGGUGCGAGCAGAAAGAUUGAACGAAUCUAUUUUGAGAUUAGUGAGGUCAACCGCAAGCAGUGGGAGAUGCCUCAGGUGCGAGAGUCUAAGAGGCAGUUCAUAUUCGACGUUGUGAAUGAGGGCGGCGAGUCGGAGAAGAUGGAGAUGUUUGUGAACUUCUGUGAGGACACCAUCUUUGAAAUGAACAUCGCAUCACAGAUCUCAGAGCAGGAGGAAGAGGAGAAAGGUGAGGAAGACGAUGAGGUAGAAGAAGUUGGAGGUGAGGGAGGACAGGCCGCAGGAGCUGGAGGGGGUGAAGAAGAGAGUAAUGGAGAAGAGAUACCACCAGAAUCCAGCUCUGCUUUUGCCGACUUCAUAAACAGCACUUUAAGCUUCUUGAGCAUUUUCACGUUCCGUAAUCUUCGGCGUCAGUAUCGCAGGAUCAGGAAAAUGACCCUUAAGGAAAUUGUGGUCGCUCUGUCCGUGUUCUUCUGGACCAUUCUCAUGAGCAUCCUUCACUUUAUCUACAGUGUGUGCAAAGGCAUCUUCAUGAUCAUCUGGCAAACUCUGUUUGGAGGUGGACUAGUGGAAGGAGCCAAAAAUAUUACAGUGACUGAAAUCCUAGCAAGUAUGCCUGACCCGACUCAAGACGAUGUGCACGGUGAUGGUCCCGGAGAGUUGCGGACAGGAGAGGAGCAGGACACAGGUGGGGUUACAGACACAGGGGAGACUGGCAGUGGAGAGGAAGAGGAAGAAGAUACUCAGGAGAAUGAAGGAGGAAGGAUGCCGGGUAUGGAUGCUCCAGGUGGGCUUGGAGACAUGGGCAUUGAGGCCACUGUGGAGCCUCCUACACCUGAAGGCACCCCCAUAACCAAGAGGAAAAUGCAACCAGAAGAGGCUGAUGGUGCUCAGAAACCUCCUGAGCCUGUUCCGAUUGAAGAGCCCCCUCCAGAGCCUGAGAAAGCAGAUGCUGAAAGUGGUGAAAAGGCGGAAAAGGAGUCUCAGGCCAAAGAAAUCAAGCAACCCGAGAAGCCAAAGACAUGUACCACCAAAAAAGAGAAGAAAACGAAAAAAGGAGGUUUCCAGAUCUGGACUGAGCUUGAGACUCAGAGGAAUAAAUUCAUGAACUACCUGUCGAGGAAUUUCUACAAUCUGCGCUUCUUGGCUCUCUUCAUCGCAUUUGCAUUGAACUUCAUCCUCCUCUUCUACAGGGUGUCUGAAACUCCCCCUGAAGGAGAGGAGAUGGAGGGCUCUGGAUUCUCCGAGGGUAGUGGUCUUUUUGAAGGGUCUGGUUUGUUUGAGGAGUCUGGAGACUCUGAGGGAUCAGGACUUGGUGAAGAUGAGGAAGAGGAAGAUGUGCCAGUUUAUUAUUAUUUAGAAGAGAGCACCGGAUACAUGCAGCCUACUCUGUCCUUCCUCGCGAUUUUGCACACAAUCAUCUCAUUUAUCUGCAUUAUUGGAUACAACUGUCUCAAGAUUCCACUGGUGAUUUUCAAAAGAGAGAAAGAACUUGCCCGAAAGCUGGAGUUUGAUGGGCUUUACAUAACAGAGCAGCCAGAGGACGAUGACAUCAAAGGCCAGUGGGACCGACUGGUCCUAAACACACCCUCAUUCCCAAACAACUACUGGGACAAGUUUGUGAAACGAAAGGUCCUGGACAAGUAUGGUGAUAUCUAUGGCAGGGAGAGGAUUGCUGAGCUUCUGGGAGUAGAUCUUGCUUCUCUAGAUGUAAGUCAGCAGCAUGGGAAGAAGCAAGAAGAACCAGACAACUCAGUAUUUGCAUGGAUGACCUCUAUUGACCUCAAGUACCAGAUAUGGAAGUUUGGUGUAGUCUUCACGGAUGGGACCUUUCUUUAUCUGUGUUGGUACCUGAUUAUGUCUUUGCUGGGGCACUACAACAAUUUCUUUUUUGCCUGCCACCUGUUGGAUAUUGCAAUGGGGGUCAAAACCUUGCGUACAAUUCUGUCAUCUGUCACACACAAUGGCAAACAGCUCAUGAUGACUGUGGGUUUGUUGGCUGUGGUAGUCUAUCUUUACACUGUAGUUGCGUUCAACUUCUUCAGAAAGUUUUACAACAAAAGUGAAGAUGAGGAUGAGCCUGAUAUGAAAUGUGAUGACAUGAUGACUUGUUACCUGUUUCACAUGUACGUGGGAGUGCGUGCUGGAGGCGGCAUUGGGGAUGAGAUCGAGGACCCUGCUGGAGACGAAUACGAGUUGUACCGAGUAGUCUUUGAUAUCACCUUCUUCUUCUUUGUUAUUGUCAUUCUGCUGGCCAUUAUUCAAGGUUUGAUCAUUGAUGCUUUUGGAGAGCUGAGAGACCAACAGGAGCAAGUGAAAGAAGAUAUGGAGACAAAGUGCUUUAUAUGUGGCAUUGGGAGUGACUAUUUUGACACUACACCACAUGGCUUUGAAACCCACACUUUUGAUGAACACAACUUGGCCAAUUACAUGUUUUUCUUAAUGUACCUUAUCAACAAAGAUGAAACUGAACACACAGGCCAGGAGUCAUAUGUGUGGAAAAUGUACCAGGAGAGAUGCUGGGACUUCUUCCCUGCUGGAGACUGUUUCAGAAAGCAAUAUGAAGAUCAGCUUUCUUAAUCUGACCUUAGAGAUAUCUUUGUUCAACUGGUUAAUCAUUCCUGGCCUUUUUGUAACAAGAAUUCAAAUGUCAAAAUUUCAAAUCAAUGAUUAUGUGAGCUAGAGUGUACUGUAUGCUCUACUCAUUAACUAUAAUAAUGUCAGUUGUGGUGUCUCUAUGUAGUUUAUUUUAAGUGUCGGUGUCAGUCCAUGUUAUUUAUUCAAAAGGACUUUUUAGUGAGUGGUGAUUGAAGCUACUGAUUAUUUUUUGUGUAUUUAUGUGUCUGAUUAUUAUAUAUGUAUUAGAAUAAAUUUUACUUUGACAUCAGUAUCUGCUAUGUCAAAAGACUGACUUUUUACAGACAUGAAAAGGAGCUGAAAUCAGUGAAGAGUUGCAUUGUAUAUUGUUAUGUGCUGUAAAUGAAUAACAUGCACCUCGUUUCACUUUCUAGUUUAUAAUUUUACAAUGAUUGCUGUAUUGUAUCUUAAUGGCCUUCUAUUCUUAAAAGCCUUCUCUGAACAGGUGUUGAAAAUAAGUGUUUUUGCUCUAACACUUGAACGGUGCAUCUGGUUUAUCCAAUGUAAAUGCUAUGUCUAUAUCAAAUAAUCACCUUACCAUUAUGUAUUUAGCAUUUUAGCAGGUGAUCACGUCAGGCAGUAGUAGAUUUGAUUUCAAUUUCAUACAAAUACAUAGACUGGAUUUAACAAGUUUUCUACUGAGACUAGGUAACACAGUUGAUAAUUCUUCAAUAAUAAAAUUAUUUUAUGUUUAUCAUGAAGCUCUUUCAACCAUUUGAAUAAUUAGAAUUAUUGAAUUUGACAAAGAUGAGUACACAUCAAACAUAAAACACACUGCAGUCAAGGCUAAUUUACAA